AUAAACAAUUCAUUUCAACUCUAUUUAGUUCAGUUUAGUUCGGCCCCAAUCAGUUCAAUUUAGUUCAGUUGUUUUCGGUAAAUAAGAACAAACCCUAAGGCUAAAAAAUAAGUUUAGUUAAGUAAAAAUAAUUUCGAUUCAGUUGAAGAAAUAAUAGAGAAUACGCAAGAAUAAUUUCAAUAAGGUGAAAUAAAGAGAGUCGAAGUACAAUUAAGACCAAAUAUACUACUUAAAAUAAAAUAAUUAAAAAAAAAAAAUGCCCACAAAAAUGUUCAUGUGAUCAACCAAAAGCAAAAACAAAAAUUGACGCAAUUUGAGCUAAAAAUCAGUUACUCCGUAAAAUAUACUCCUAUGAACGUCAUUUCUACGGUGACCCUCAAACGAUUUCUCUCAAUCUAACACACUGUCACUGUCAGACAGAUCAAAGUAGCUUGUUAACCAUGUCAAAGAUCCCAAAUUUGUUGCUGAUUUUAGUGAUUAAUUUCUGGGUUUUUCCUCCAGUUUAUUCUUUCAAUCACCACUACAAUGUGGGCGAUCAAAUCCCUAUUUUUGCCAACAAAGUUGGCCCUUUGAAUAAUCCCAGUGAGGCGUAUGAAUAUUUCGAUUUGCCAUUCUGCCGCCCAGAUCCUUUAAUCAGAAGAAAGGAAUCACUUGGCGAAGUUUUAAGUGGUGAUCGUCUGACAAAUACACGAUAUGAUAUAAGGUUCCAGGAAAUGAAAAUAGCAGAAGAAUGGUGCACCACUAAACUUGGAAGGGAGGAACUUGUUAAAUUUCGUGAUGCAAUUCAGAGGGAUUAUUACUUCCAGAUGUUCUUUGAUGACCUCCCAUUUUGGGGAUUCAUUGGGAAAGUUGAAGGAGAGAGCUUGAACCCCUAUAUGAAAGGGUCAAGAUCCUAUCUAUUCACACAUGUUCAGUUAGAUAUCUUAUAUAAUGACAAUAAUGUUAUAGAAGUGCACGCUUUCAGUGACCCCAAUCAUGUUGUUGACAUAACAGAAGAUGCUGCAAUAAAUGUAAAGUUUACUUACUCAGCAAAUUGGAAUGCAACAUCAAUCCGAUUUGCAAACAGAAUGAAAAGAUAUUCAAAGGCAUCGUUGCUCUCACCAGUUCAGCAACUUCACUGGUUUUCAGUCAUUAAUUCAGCUGUCAUCAUUUUGCUAUCAAUGGGAAUACUGGCUGUGCUAUAUUGGUGGAAUAUCAAGAAUGAUUUAAGAAAGUAUUCAAACGGAGAUGAAGACGAUAGAGAGAUUGGAUGGGCGUGCAUUGAGGGUGAUGUUUUCAGAUGCCCGACAUUGUUGUCUCUCUUUUGUGCUGUGCUUGGCUGUGGCACUCAACUUUUUCUUGUGUUUUGCUGUUUGUUUUUAUUAACCUCCCUUGGUCUUCUAGUGCCAUAUACCCAUGGGACUUUAUGGACAGCUGUUGUUGUCAUUUACACUGUAACAUCUGCAGUUGCAGGUUAUACUGCUGCUUCAUUUCAUUGCCAAUAUUCAGAAACUGGAUGGGAAAGAAGUGUCCUUCUGACAGGGAUUCUCUUUAUGGGUCCAUUGGCACUUGUACUUUCUAUCCUUAAUACAGUAGCAGUAUCAUAUGGGUCUACAGCUGCUCUACCUUUUGGCACCAUUGUUGUGAUGUUUCUCAUACAUACAUUUGUUACUGCCCCACUUCUUGCAUUAGGAGGGAUUGUUGGAUGUCGUUAUAGAUGUACAAAAGUUGUGCCUUCUACCAAGAAGUACGUGAGAGAGAUACCACCAUUAAAUUGGUAUAGAAAAAUCCACAUUCAGAUGUUUCUGGGUGGUCUCUUACCUUUCAGUGCAGUUCUCGUGGAGCUGCAUCUGCUAUAUGCAAGCAUGUGGAGCUACAAACUAUUUACACUACCGAGCAUUAUGCUCAUCAGCUUCUCAAUCCUUGUCUUACUGACUGCUAUAUUAAGUGUUGGUUUGACAUACAUUCAACUUUCUGUGGAAGACCCUGAAUGGUGGUGGAGGUCUGUAUUACGUGGUGGAUCAACAGCUAUGUUUAUGUUUGUCUAUUGUAUAUACUUCUAUGCCAGAUCACAUAUGGAUGGUUUCAUGCAGUUGUGCUUCUUCCUGGGCUACAACGCUUGCAUUUGUUAUGCUUGUUUCUUAAUGCUUGGUGCAAUUGGUUUCCGUGCUUCUUCAAUAUUCAUCCAGCACAUGUAUCAUGGCGUUAAGAGCGAGUGAAUUUCAUGCCUUUUAAUUUUUGUCCCACUUUUACUGACUAUCCUCGACAAAUACAUGAUGUGUACCCCCAAAAAUAGGGAUCCCUGUCGUUUACCUCCAUUAAUCAAAUGAAGGCCUUACAAGAUGCAAGACCAUGCUGAUGAAAGUUCCAGUAUGGAUGACUAAAGAUGGGGGAAGAGGAGUUUUGCACAAUUUCUAUUAUACUCAUGAAGUAUCAUGUGCACGGUACUCUGGAAUCAAAAUGACGCUGCUUGUUCACUAAGUUUCCCAUUCUCUUAGCUUCUCUUAUGCUAUACUAUGCUUUCUUUCAAUUGAAAUUACUAUUGGAAAUUCAAUCAAUCUUUUUUUUUCCAAUUGCAAUUUCUUCAAUUGCAAUUCUCUCA